CUUACGUCUCUUGCUUAAUGAAAUAUAAAUCAAGUGGGUAGAAAUCCGUACGAUGACAUUAUCAAUAGUAUUAUAAUUUGUAAAAUGGAAAACUAGAUCAAUUUGGUAGCUUGUCUUAACCAAACUCCUUAACUCCGUUAUAUAAUACCCUCACAAACCUACUACAAUUUUCUACCAACUCUGUUUCUGCUAAUAAGUUCUGGUUUCUUCUUAGAGUUGUGGGUUGAAAUUAAUGGGGUUCAAAAAUGUGGCAAGUCUGCUAUUACUAACCAUGCUAGCCACUAUAGCCUUGACAUCCAAGUCCCAAUACCUCGAGAUUUCAAACGACCAAUUAAUACACUCUCAACCAAGUGGGUUAGUUCACCAAGCAGUGGCAGAGACCCUCCCAAGACGACCCACGAGGGUGCUUAAGACUCUUGGCAGACGGCGGAGACCACCAGUCCGCAGACCACCAGCACCUAACCAUGCAGUACACGUUUAUUUCUCACCACCAUCUCCACCAACUCCCCCUCCUCCUCCUCCUCCUAUCUGCAGACCAAUCAGUCAAAGCCAUGAUCAUCCGCAAAGCUUAAAAAGUCAAGGGAAGAGAAGCUAUCUGCCAUAACCAGUAGCAUGUGCUCCUUCUGGCCUGUGCCUGAGGCACCCACAUGCUCACACCUCUGUAGUUCUGUAACAGCGGAACCUGUACUCUCUCCGACCCGCCUGGAAAAGUUUGUCUACUUCAUAAACUAUAUAACUGACAUGAAUUGUGACUCACAUCAGCAACUCAUUUUAUGAAGCGCACAAAAUAUCCAGAUAUGCAUAGUUUACGACGUGCACAAAGUAUUUAAGACUUGCCUUUCUCCUGAUUAUUUCUGCUAAAGUAACUUAAUAGGUUCCUAUUUGGAUUUGAUCCCCAUGUACUCUUCAUUUUUGUUAUUUUCUUACUGUUCCUCUGUUCGAUGAUAAUAAUUGUACUAUUAAUUUCCUGAAUAUCAGUUUUUAUGUUAAACAACUUCCCUUUUCCUUUCA